AUGAACCAGAUUACAGCAGUAAUCAAUCCUGCACUGGACCAUCACUUCCCUGCAGCAAGUGGAGUCAAGAUAAUUGCUGAACCAGGCCGUUAUUACGCAACAUCAUCAUUCACACUGGCUGUGAAUAUCAUUGGUAGAAAGAUUAUUCAUAGAGCUUCAACUGACUCCGAUGAUAAACAGAGGACUGUAAAAACCAUAAUGUACUAUUUAAACGAAGGUCUGCAUGGGUCUUUUGAUUACUGUGAAUUGCCAUAUUAUCUAUCAAAACCAAUACUAUUUAAGAAACUCUGCCCUGACCAACAACUGUUUAACACAAAGGUUUGGGGACCUACCUGUGAUGCAUGGGAUUGCAUCACUGAUCAAUGGAAGCUGCCUGAACUGCAGAUUGGAGAAUGGCUGCUCAUCCAAAACAGAGGAGCUUACUCUGUCACUAUCUCGACCACAUUCAAUGGCUUUCAAAGAACCACAACACACCAUGUAAUCUCCAAGGAAGCCUGGAAAAUUCUGCAGAAGAUAAAGAAGGGAAACCAAUCUCCAGCUGAAGAACAAGUCCAAGUAGUGUGGAACUUUAAUUGUUAAAUGCCGGGUAUCCUUUUUCAUCAAAUUUUACCAAUAUUUAAAUGGUGAACUAUUCUGAAUUUUACAGCACAAUAUUAAUUUGCUCUGUCAUAUGCCCAUUAAGGUAUAGAUUAUAAGGUAUCAAUGUUUAGUUCACCAUGAACUGAUUUAUGUAAUUUCCCCACUUACAACUCCUCGCUUUUUGUGUUGAUUUAUUGCACAGGUGAGGAAAAAUAUUUGUUCUUCUAAAUAAUAUAGUAUUCUACCACCUUGUGGCCAUUUUUCAAGUUCAGUUUAUCAUCGAAAGUCAAAUCAGCUUAAGUGUAGUAGUAUAUAAU